GCGGAAAGGUACAGGGAAGAAAGCCACGGCGAACUAUUGUACAGGAUGCUUCGAAAAAACAAGGAUUUGCUCUUGCCCCACUGCUGCUAUGCUUGUGCUAAGAAUUUAAGAAACCAUGGACACUGCAGCAAAUAUGGGCAGGUUCGUGGUAGGUUGCCACAAGCCUGGGACAAUUGGGCUUCAGCCUAAGGUUCAGGCAGGCCCCAAUAGUGCUCUUCUUGUGCUGAGACAGAGCGCUCCUAUGACAGUGCCCGCUAUAGGCAGAGGAGGAGGAGGAGGAGGGGAUGGCAGAAGUGGUGGCAAUUGUGGUGUUGUUGGAGUUGAAGUGGAGAUUGCAGCCAUGGAGGCUUUGAUGAUGAUGAUGAUGGAGAGGAGUAGUAGGAGGCAGAGGAGGGUGGUGGUGGUCUUGGAAGUAAUGGUGGAAGUGGGAAAGAAGGAAGAGAAUGGCGGCGGCGGAGGCGGAGGAGGCGGAGGAGGUGGAGGAGGAGGAGGAGGAGGAGGAGGUUGUGGUGUUGUUGGAGUUGAAGUAGAGAUUGCAGCCAUUGAGCCUUAAGACCACCAAAGCAUCUGAAGUCACUGUUCAUCCGCUUUCGUAUACGAGUAGUAGAGUACCACUUUAGGGGCUGUUCGGCCCAGAGUAA